AUAGGCAACCUCCAGCUGUCAGCAGCAAUCCUGUUUGCUGGCGGGAGCCCCAGUGAGUCGCUGCGAGUGCUGAAACAUUUCAACGUAGCAACGCACUCACGCAGGACUUUCUUUAGACACCAGAAGAAGGUUCUGCAUCCAGCUAUCACCAACCAAUGGCAGAAGCAACAGAACCAUCUGCUCACUGAACUGUGUGAACUGGGUCUGCCACUCACCAUUGGGGGCGAUGGAAGAGCGGAUAGCCCAGGACAUUCCGCAAAAUUUGGGGUAUACACUGCUCUGGAAUUGAAUAUCAACAAGAUUGUCGAUUUUCAGCUGGUUCAGAGUAAUGAGGUGAAGGGUUCAUACCAUAUGGAGUUGGAAGGUUUCAAGAGAGUUGUCAACUUUCUUGAUGACAAGGGACUAGUAAUCAGGAAGGUGGUAACGGACCGACAUAGACAACUUGCCAAAUACAUCAGAAUCACACUUCCACACAUUAUUCAUGUGUAUGAUGUCUGGCAUGUAUCCAAAGGUGUUGGAAAGAAGGUGCAUGCCUUGGCAAAGCAAAAGGAUUGUGAAGAACUUGUGCAAUGGGAACCAAGCAUCACCAACCAUAUGUAUUGGGUGGCUGCAACUUGUGAAGAGGAUGAAGACGAUCUGAGGGUGGCCAAGUGGAAGUCUCUUAUGAACCACAUCCAAGGGAUCCAUGAAGGUCAUUCUGAAGUCUUUCCCAAGUGUCUUCAUGGUGACUUGGAAGCUCAAGGUCGCAAGAAAAAAUGGCUCACACCAGGCACAAAAGUCUGUGAAAAACUAACAGGUAUCGUGCAAAGCACCAUGUUGUUGAACGAUGUGAAAAAGCUGUCUGGAGACCAACAGACAUCCUCCCUGGAGUCAUAUCACAGUCUGGUGAACCGGUAUGCGCCUAAGCUGAAGCCUUAUUCGUAUGAAGGAAUGACUAGCAGGUAAAUGCACUAUAUAUUCUUUGAGAAGAGUUACAUUGGAGCAUGUUUCUUUAUUUAGCAUACACAAAAAAUAAUUCCAAGCAAAAGUGGAUAUAUGUAGGACUCUUAUUAAAAAAAGUAGAUCAAAUGUUUGGAUUAAACCCAUAUGGAAUGAUGCAAAGGGUUUUAUAAUCCCCCCCCCUCCCUCCCCCCAAAAAGUCUGACAGAUAGUAAGAGGCCACAUUCAUUUUAUAGAAUUGAAAUUCAAGCAUGAGUUUGAAUAAACUUAACUUUGGUAUUUCGUGACUAUUCCAUGUAGUUUGGAAAUCUAAUUAAAGAGCAGACAUUUCUAUUUUUAAAAUUCAGAUAGCCCUGAUAAGUGACUUUUUGGUAUCCUUUUUUUGAACUGUUUUUCUUUUGCAAGGAUGAAAUAUCUUAGUUAAACCAGGUGAAAAAUAUAAAGCAAUUGCAUGUUGCAUUGUGUUUAUGCUGCGAUAAGUCUUUGAUAAUUCUCUGUUUCUGGGACGCACUGUAUUAGACAUGAUUUUACUCCAUGCAUUUAUUUUCUGGUUAUCAUUCAGGCUCAGACUUGCCGCUAUGGACUUCAAUGAAAAUGGAAACCGACAGAAGGCAAAAACGUUGAAAGGGGACAAGCGGUACAUGGUCAGCAAACCAAAGUACAAGCCAGGGAAGGCAUCAGUGAAAGCUGUUAAGGAAGCAAAAACAUUCAAAUUUGUUGAUGAUCUGAUGGAUGAGGUCGGACGAUUGUGCACAGGAUCAUCUCAACUGCCAGAGAGGAAGGAUGCCCCGCCAUCUUUAUGCAGUGAAUAUACCUUUCCUUCCAAGGAGGAACUUGUUCAGGAUCACCGAAGUCGUUUUAAUUAAAAUAAGUGAACUGUAAAUCCUAUCAUGCUAAUAUCGUAUACAGCUUCAUGAUAAAUUGGAACUAAUGAAAGAUUGAACACAUAAGUUCAUUUAAGAGAAAAUUUAGUUACUCUUUUGAACCAGAAACGAUCAAAUUCCUUAUGAUUAAACAUGCCAUUUUUCAUCUGAUGAAAUGUAUCUAUACUUUUUUUUAGCAAAUUUGAUAUGAAGACAUACAUCUCUGAUGUACAUGUAGUUGUACAAAUAACAUUGUGACGGCAAAUCAGAUGACUGAGCAAUUUGGUACCUUUGCUUCAAAAUUAUUAAACAAAAAGAAUCAUAUCUAUUAUGGAUUUAUAUUUGUUUGAGUUUUGUUCAACAGUAAAGUCUUCCACAUAAUUGUGAGUGAUCAGUAACAUAAUUUUAAGGAAAUACUGUUGGAAAAGAUUUGUUCAACAGUAACACAUGCACAAUUCUUUGCAAGGAGUUUUGUCAGAAACAUUAUUCAUUUAUAACGGUGGUCAGUUAUUAUCAUGAGUUGUGGUUCAAAAUCUCUCAUGCUGGACGUUUACGACCACUAGCUCCAACAACUAUUCCAAAAAAAAGCUUUCAUGGUCUAUACAAUUUCGGAAUAUUAGUUACUGCAAUAAUUGUAUAAAAUGUUAAAGAUUUAAGAGCAUUAUCAGAAUUAUCAGACGACGUUCCCACCACCUGUGCACAAUAUUGUACAUAUACCUUUAUGGAACAUGAAACAAACGAUGUGCUCCAUGUCGGUUUCGUCGAUAAGAGGGAGGUCGGCAUGAAAAGUAAUGUCAUGGAGGCAAAAGCCUUCAAGGAAGGGCUAUCCAUAAUGGAGGAGAGAGGUCUGCAAGUCAAGGAGGUGGUAACGGAUGCCCAUCCCUCAAUCGGGAAAUACAUGAGUAUUUUUUUUUCAAUGUUAUUGCCAUCCUUCACACUACUUUAUAUUAUCUUUUUAUCUUUUUUGUCUUUUUUUUUUGUUUCCUAUAAACUAUAUGCAGUAUAAACUAUAUGCAGAGUCACAAAAUUACUUAACAAUGCAGCUUUGCAGCUGAGUCCCAUUUUUAGAACCAAGAGAUUUUCAUGGACAUGCUGAAUUGACCUAAUUUUGUCUUUUGAACCCUUAAAAGACUGUGCUAUGAUAACACCUAUAAAAACUAGGGAGAGGGGCAUGUGAUUGUUACCAUCGUGCGUUUGAAAAAACUUAGCACGCACAAAAAUGUCUGUUCUUUUCUCAUGGAUCAAAUUGUUUUAGAGGUAUAAAAUUAUAUGAAUUAACCUGUUGUUAAGUUUGUACCUAAAUGAACUUAUAUUUUCUUUUCCCUACUUUUUUUCCUUCACAAAGGAGAAUCGAAGCCUGAAGUGAAGCACUCUUGGGAUGUCUGGCACGGUGCCAAGAACCUUGCUAAGAAACUUGCAAAGGUAAAUUGAAUUAAAAUUUUGUAAGGUUUUAAGGUUUUAAAAGUUUUGCAAGGAAUCUCCUCGUAUGUGGGAAAUAAUGAUGUGACGUAUUUCAUGACAGAGACUACAUAGGGAGUGGUUGUUCACCAUUUAUGAUCUCUUUUAUUUCAAAAUUCCCUCCCACUUCUCCAGAGAUACAUGGCAUAUAGCCAGUCACGACUGGAUUUUCAAUGUUAGUUCAAAUUGGUUUUUGGUUUUUAACAAAUGCAAAUUUUAUUUCACACAAAUGUCUGUUUUGUCUUAUUAUGAUCAUCUAUUUACAUGUUCUAAUCUAUAGGCAUCAUCAAAAGCAUCAACAAGAAGCCUACUGUAUUGGGGGAAACAUAUCAUCAGGCAUUUUUGGUACUGCUCCAAAACAUGCAGAGGGAAUCUUGUAGAUUUCAAGGUAUGGUUAUUUCCUCAUAACUGAUAUUUAAAAAAAAAACGUCUUAACAUGCUUUUGUUUCCUGCCAAAAUCUUUCAUUAUCUUUGUCUUCUUUUGGCCUGCCUAACUUGGUAGAACGGCUUAUAUAAUUCAAAUAUGGAGUUUGGAAAGGGGGGGGGUCCACAUUUACUUCCCUCUCUAUUGUUACUGCUGAAUUCCAUCAUCUGCUCUACAAUAACAUGUAUACUAAAAAAAAUGUUUUUAAUCUCCAGUAAGUAUAAUACAGUACUAAAAGAUUCCAAUAAGUGAACUUUGUAUUUUUGUUAAAACAGGGCUUUUACCAAGAUGCCCCCAUUUCAAUCAGCAGAAAUGAAAGGUCAAUAAAACAAACAAGAAGUGGACAGAUAAUGGAAACUCGAAAAGUUGUGCGCAAUGAUGAAAUUUUAGUGAAUACCGACGCAUUACUUGGCACAUUUAUGUUGUAGCCACAGUGAUCCAUCUCAUGAAAUAGUCACACCAGGCUAUGUAGUCAAGAUGAGCAAACAUGCUUCAUGGGGUGGAGAGCCUGAAAUUAUCGCUACCGUGCAAGCUUCCAACGUGCCAGUGAAAAUUAUUACAAGCUCUGAAGAUGCA